CAGAAUUUAUUUAAUAGAAGUUGUCUAGGUUCUCCCAUAGAUUUAUGAUUAUUUAUCCAGUAAAGUAAUUCCAUGGCUAAAAUCUUUUACAAUUAUGUACAAAUAUAGAGGUGGGGGAAAUAGGGGUGGAAGGGGGCCAGGAAGAGGCAGAGGGAGGGGAAGAGGUAGUGCUCCUCCUGGAUCAUCUGGCCCACAAAUUGGACAGUGGUUUGCAGAAAAAACUAAAAUUGAGAAAGAGCAUCAACAGCAAGGUGUAAAGAUCGAGUCAGCAUCAUCUUCAACCAGUCAAUCAGGGGACAUCAGAUGUGGUGUUAGUAGAAGUGGAUGGAAACGAGGAGGCCAUAGAAGGAGGUGGCACAGCUCUGCGGGAGGUGGUGGUCAUCCCCCUGGAUUACGUGGCAGGGAGAUUGGAUUGUGGUAUAGGGACAACCCGAGAAAAAAAGAGGAACAGCGCGCGGAUGUUUUGAUGACCGAGACGCGUGAGAAAAGUUUAACUAAAAUGCUGGAGAGUUGGAAAGAUGCACCAUCGUCCCGGGAUCAAGCUAGCGGAUCAAGCAUGGAAAAUUACAGCGACAAUUUUUACCUUCCUGAACCUCUGGUGGAGGAUGACGAACUCCUGAAUGAAGAGUUGAUAAAGGAUCUUAAAAGAAAGAAAUCUAGCAAAACGUACAAGCAGAUGGCAGUGUUCAGAGAAAAUUUGCCUUCCUACAAAAUGAAAGAUAAAAUUGUCGACUUGAUAAACUCAAACCAAGUGGUAGUCAUCAGUGGGGAAACCGGAUGUGGGAAAACGACGCAAGUCGCACAGUUUAUCUUGGACGAUGCUAUCAUGAAAGGCAAAGGAUCCACGUGUAGAAUUAUUUGCACACAACCCCGGCGAAUUAGCGCCAUAUCUAUAGCAGAAAGAGUGGCUGAGGAACGAGGAGAAACGGUUGGAGAACCUGGAAGCACCGGAUACCAGAUUCGACUGGACAGUGUGUUACCACGCGAGAGAGGCUCUAUUCUGUUCUGCACCACGGGAGUCAUAUUAAGAUGGUUGAUGUCUGACUCAGAUUUAUCACGAGCUAGUCAUAUUAUUAUCGAUGAAAUUCACGAACGCAGCACCCACUCGGAUUUCCUGCUGAUAGUUGUUCGGGAUAUUUUGCCCAGAAGACCUGAGCUAAAGGUUGUUCUCAUGAGCGCCACAUUAAACGCUGAAAUGUUCUCGAAGUAUUUCAACAACUGUCCGAUGUUGAACAUACCUGGGUUCACAUUUCCUGUGGUGCAGCAUUUCUUGGAUGAAAUUGUGUCCAUCAUCGAUUACAAAUGCGCGCCAGGGAGUGGCAGAGUUUCGUACUACGGAAGACGAAAAAGAGACGAAAAGGAGGAACAGGAAAGAAAAGAAAGGAAAUGGAAAGAGUAUUUACGUCUCUUAAGAACUAGGGGACGUGAUUCGUCAACUAUACGGUGCUUGGAAAGUAUGAAUUUUGACAAAAUAGAUUACGAUCUUGUGGAAAAACUGUUGGUGUACAUUGGUAUAAAUAUGCAGGAUGGAGCGGUUCUUGUAUUUUUACCUGGUUGGCAGGACAUUUCCAAAGUACAUGACUUGCUGAAGAAAAAUCCACUUUUCCUCUCAGGUCAUUUUCUUAUCUUGCCUCUGCAUUCUAUCAUGCCAACCGUCAAUCAACGACAGAUAUUUGAUAGACCGCCUCGUGGUGUGAGGAAAAUCAUUCUUUCGACCAGUUUGGCUGAAACAAGUAUUACAAUUGACGACGUGGUGUAUGUGAUUGACUGUGGAAAAACGAAAGAACAGAACUUUGAUGCGGACAAACAGCUGACCACGCUAAAAGCUGUGUGGAACAGCAAAGCGUCAUGUGUACAACGAAGAGGACGAGCUGGAAGGGUUCAAGAAGGAGUCUGUUUUUAUCUCUUUACGGAAUACCAUUUUGAAGAAAUGGCAGAGUAUCAGCAGCCAGAAAUUCUUCGCACUCCUCUGGAAGAAGUCUGUUUGCAAGUUAAAAGCUUGAAGUUGGGAAUGGUACAGCCUUUCUUAAGUAAAGCUUUGGAACCACCAGCCAUUGGAACCAUACAACAAGCUAUCGCCACUUUAAUGCAACUGGACGCGUUUGACUCCAAUGAGAACCUCACUCCACUUGGCCAUCAUUUAGCCCGCCUGCCCGUCCACCCACGGAUUGGGAAAAUCAUUCUGUUUGGCGCCAUCAUGUCGUGCUUGGACCCAGUUCUAACCAUCGCGUCGAGCAUGGGAUAUCGCGAUCCUUAUGUCGUCCCUUUGAACAUGGAAAGACAAGCCGACGAAAGUCGUCGCAGAUUCUCCCAAGGAACGCAAAGUGAUCAUCUAGCUUUAUACGAAGCAUUCAAUCAAUGGGAGUCUGCGAGCUCACAUGGAAAUGCUUAUCAAUUUUGUUGGGACAAUUUCCUUUCGCAUUCAAUCUUACUGUCAAUCAAGAAUAUGAAAACACAGUUUGCUGAACAUCUUUGCUCUAUUGGUUUCAUCUCAACGGCUGAACCCAAUCAGGAGACAGCGAAUUACAAUUCCAACAACAAAUCCCUAAUCAAAGCUGUUCUAUGCGCUGGUUUUUAUCCAAACGUUAUUUCCGUUUACCAGCCGAGUUCGAGACGUCCAAAGUUGUCAAUUCGACAAGACGGCCGCAAUGUUAAAGUGGAAGUGCAUCCGAAAUCCGUAAACUGCAACGUGCCUUCCUUUCAAAGUAACUGGCUCAUUUACAUGGAAAAAGUCAAAUCGACAAAGAUAUUUAUUCACGACUGUAGUCCGGUGUCUCCAUAUUCGCUGCUGUUUUUUGGUGGAGAAAUAUCCAUGGCUACAGUUGAGAAUCAAGAAGUUGUUACCGUGGAUAACUGGAUAUCGUUUAACUGCAGAAGAAGUGUUGCAACCUUAGUGCAGAAAUUGCGUGAACAUUUGAAAAGUUUAUUGGAAGAAAAAAUCAGACACCCUGGUUUGAGGUUGACAUACAAAGAUUCCACAGAAGACAGAUCAAGUAUCCUUAUUAAGACGAUAAUCGAACUGAUCACAAGUGAAUGACCUUUCUAUUUACGAAUUUAACGAAUCUUCCUUAACCGUGUGUGUAAAGUAACAUUUAAAUGACAUUAAAUGUUACUUUACCUAAUAUUUCGGUUGCUAGUUACUGGAUUCCCUGAUUUUAUUUGGAGCAGGGGGGGGCGGGGUAUAGAAUCAUUAGAGAAGCCAUGCAUACCCCUUAUUUCAUCACAAGGUCGGUCCCUCGAAGAUUUAGUAUACCACAAUCAAACUUGAUACUUGUCGUCGAACGAGUCGAAAGAAUCCCCGCGAAAGUCAAAGAGUCAAACCCAAAAGGAUUAUUGAAAAAUUAGUUAAAAAAGUCCACAAAAAAAUUGCCGACAUUUUUUUAACUGAAAUGUCUCUCAAGUGUUUACGUACAAGCAGGCUAUGUUUUGUACAAAUCGUAAGCAACUUAAUCUUAAGACGUCGAUUAACGUUGUUAAGCUAUUCCAUUAUUGCUGUUGAGAGAAAGAUCUACAAGUUUUAGGUCUGAUUACAUGAUUGUGUGCAUGGUAUAGGUUACACUGUGUAAAAUCUGGUUUGGUGAAAAAAUUGAACGCCUAUAGUGGGUAAUUCGUAUAAAGUGUAAUUCGGAUAAAGUUUUAUUGAAAAAGU